GCUAAGUAAUUUUUUUUUGAGAAGGCGGUUGUAGGCUCAAUAAGUUUGGGAACCUCUGUUUUGGCUUCAUUUUUAUCCCCAAACUUUCCCUCUCCUUUCCAAUUCAGCUAACAAGAACCAAGAGUAAUACCCAUAUUACUCUAUUAAUACCCAUAAUACUCUGCUCCGAUACCUGGAUGAUCAGUGUCAGUCUAUUCCCUGAGACCCCACACCCCAGCCCAGUAACAUUUUUUUACAGUCAGAUGGCCUUACGUUUCCACAGGUAGAAUAGUGCAGAGAGUUAUAAAAACAAGUCGAGAAAGCAGUUACACUGCAGGUGGGCUUGGGCUUAGCCCAAAGCUGAUGGUUCCAAGAAAACCCCAAAAUCAAAAUGAGAGUGAACCUCAGGCAUAGUAACUUCUCCACCCAGGGUGGGGGUGGGGGCACAAUAGGGCAGGAACAGGGGGCAUUCCAGAAGCAAUGUAACCCGGAAGGAAUGGACCAAUCCAGGCCUGGGAGGUUUCCUGCUGAAUUUAACUGCAUAAAAGCACACUUGCCCUUGCACUUAGGUCCCACCCCUCCUGUAGAUGGGUGGAGCUGGCUUCUGGCCAGAAACUUCUAAAUCCUCUGGACUUUCUCUGUAAUAAACUUUCUGGAUACUAAAUUUUUGGUGUCAAGCGCAUUUCUAGCAAUUUGGCGCCCAACAUGGGACCCGAUCGCAGACUCCGGAAGGGACAAGCUGAGACAUCCGGGGAAGAGCGCUCCCACUGUAUUUCAGCAGUCUGGGUGAGUUGAGCCUUUCCCAAGGGAACUCACAUCUCUGAACACGUGGGAGAACUCCAGGGGAUUGGGGAAAGCCGCCUGCAGACCAUGAGAGCCAAUAUAUUGGGCAAAGGCACCCAAGCACCUUAUCAUUGGGACCAGGGGUCCUGACUUCCUGACCUCAGCUCCUCAUUAGGAUCCAGCUGUCUUCCAGUCAAAAUUAGCACAAGCAGCAGAGAAAUGAUCCACAAUCGUCUGCAAACAGAAAAUCACAUACCAACACUCCCUCCACUUUGGUCAUGCCUCGUAGCCUUUUCAACUGGAAGAGUUUGCCAUCAGCAUGGUAGCUGACUUCGAUGCCGCAUUCAUCCUCAUUGAAGGCUUUUGGUGGGUGGUGACCUUGGUGGAAUAAGAGACCUGGGGUGAGGUUUGGAAGCCUGGGAGGAGGGCAAGGGACUGGUGAGGUCAAUUUAGAAGCUGGUGUGUAGGGCAGAGCUGGGCUGUUGGGAUUAGGAGGACCCUCCCAGAGCAGGUUGGCUGGAAGCAGAAGCACUAGAAACUGAGAUCUCUCUGCCUUCCUCUCCUGGAGCUGAGAUCAUUCUGCCUUCUGGGAGCCAGCUCUGUACAUGCAGGUGCCAGGCAGAUCUGAAUGAGGGCCCCUACCCGCACCCCACUUCUGCUGGCUGCUCUUUCCAUUGGGCCUCAUCUUCCCCUUAUGACCUCUUGGUGACUGUCUUCCAGCCUUGCCAAAGUAGGCCCCCUUCAAAAUCCUGGCUCUGGGGCUUGCCCUAGCUACUUGUCGAGGCUCCCUGCCACAUCCCAAAGGUCCUAGGGUGCCAUCCUCAGUUUUACCAAUGGGUCACAUUUGCCCAACUCACAUAUCUCGUCCUUAGUAUCAGGUGGAGGCAAAGCUCUGGGUCUGGUGUCACUGAGGCUCUGACUCAUCUCAUUCCAUCUGGGAUCCCAAGCCCCUUUUGCCUCCUGGGUCUCAGUAGGACAAUGAAGAUAGGGCAUGAGGUCAAAGAGAAGGAGGUAAAGAGGGUGGCAUGUCCUCUUCCUGUUCAGACCAAGCUCACUUCUUUUUUUUCCCCAAGUUCACUUCUAAGCCUGACCCUCCCUCUUGCUGUCCUCCUGUGGUAGAGUCUCUCCUGUGAGGGAAAGGCAGGACCUUUGUAAAUGUUCUGAAAGCUCACCCUCUGUCAUUCCAGGUAAGCCAGCAUCACUCUAGGAAGAGAAGGCAAAGAUAAUGUCUAUCCCACUCUCAGAUUCUUCUCCCUCCCCAGGCCAGCUUGCUGAAGACCAAAGCCUAUUCCUAGGAGAGAGCCUGGAACCAGACAGCAUGGCCGUUGGGACCCAGAGCCCCUCAUCCCAGGAGCUGGUGACAUUGAAGGAUGUGCUUGUGGACUUCACUGAGGAGGAGUGGGGCCUCCUAGAUCAUUCCCAGAAAGAGCUGUACAAGGAGGUCAUGCUGGAGAAUGUCCAGAACCUGCUGUCCCUGGAUGUAGAGAUCAAGUUCAAAGUAAAUGAGAUGGCCAGAAAGGUGGGAAUUUUUGUGGAAGAACAUGACCUGCACAGAUUCAUGAGUGAUGGUCCCUGUGACUUCAAGUUGGGAGAAAUCCAUGACUCUAAUAUCAAGGUAGAUAAAAAUCCAAAGAGUGACUGGGAAUUUGAUGAAAUUGAAAAGGGAUUCAGACAGUCUUCUAUUCUAAAUCACUGUAAGAAAAUGACCUCAGGGAAUGAGUGUGUUCAGGAUAGGGAAUAUAGCAAGUGCUUUACUGAAGGGCUAGUGCUUUUCCAGUCCCACGGGAAGGCUUCUGAAAUGCCAACAUCUCCAGGUAAUCAAUGGGAAAUGGCCUUGAGCUGGAGUUCAGACCUCCUUAGACAUCAGAAAACUGAUAUUGGAGGACUGCUUUCUGUAAAUAAUAAAGGAGGGAAGGCCUUGAGUCAGAACUGUAAGCUCAUUUCUCAUCAGCAAAUCCCCAAUAAAAAGGAGCCUGAUGAAUAUAAUAAAUGUGAAACAACUUCAUCCCUUCACUCCUCUCUUCCUUGCCAGCCUCAAUUUCUCCCACGAAUGAAAAGAUAUGCAUAUGCUCAAUGUGAGAAGGUCUUUGGUUGGAACUCAGAUCCUGAUAGACCUCAGAAGAUUCAUACUGGGGAGAAGUUUUAUAAAUGUGAUGAAUGUGGGAAGGCUGGGUGCUACAAAUCUCUACUUAUUGACCAUCAGAAAAUCCACACUGGAGAGAAACCUUUUGAAUGUAAUCAAUGUGAUAAGAGUUUCACACAGAGCUCCAAUAUUGAUGUAUAUAAGAGAAUUCACACUGGAGAGAAACCUUACAGAUGUCAUCAAUGUGGGAAAACUUUCACACAGAACUCCAGUCUUCUUGUACACCAGAGAAUCCACACUGGAGAGAAACUUUAUGAAUGCAAUCAGUGUGGUAAGAGUUUCACACAGAGUUGCAAACUUGAUGAACAUCAGAGAAUUCACACUGGAGAGAAACCUUACAGAUGUCAUCAGUGUGGAAAAACUUUCGCACGGAACUUCAGUCUUGUUGCACACAAGAGAAUCCACACUGGAGAGAAGCCUUAUAAAUGUUAUGAGUGUGAAAAGUCUUUUAGAUGCAGUUCCAAUCUUGCUACACAUCAGAGAAUCCACAGUAAAGAGAAGCCUUUUGAAUGUAAUCAAUGUGGAAAAGCUUUCGCAGACAAGCGCAAUCUUGCUAGACAUCAGAGAAUCCGCACUGGAGAUAAACCUUAUGAACUUAAUCAAUGUGGAAAGGCAUUCACAGAGACUUCCAGUCUUGUUUUACAUCAGAAAAUCCACACUGGAGAGAAACCUUUUGAAUGUAGUCGACAUGAUAAGAGUUUCACACAGAGUUCCAAUAUUGAUGUACAUAAGAGCAUUCACGCUGGAGAGAAACCUUACAGAUGUCAUCAAUGUGGAAAAACUUUCACACAGAACUCCAGUCUUGUUGUACACCAAAGAAUCCACACUGUAGAAAAACCUUAUGGGUGUAAUCAAUGUGCAAAAACUUUUAGACGCAUCUUCCAUCUUAUUAGACAUCAGAGAAUCCAUACUGGAGAAAAACCUUAUGAAUGUAAUCUAUGCGGAAAGGCUUUCACACAGAGAUUCAGUCUUGCUAGACAUCAGAGAAUCCAUACUGGAGAAAAACCUUAUGAAUGUAAUCUAUGUGGAAAGGCUUUCACAGUGAAGGAUAAGCUUGUUGCACAUCAGAAAAUCCAUGCUAGAGAGAAGGCUUAUGGAUGUAAUCAAUGUGGAAAGACUUUCCGAUUCUGCUCCAGUCUUGCUGUACAUAAGAGAGUUCACACUGGAGAGAAACCCUAGGAAUGUAAUUAAUGUGUAAAGGCUUUCGGAGAAAGCUCCAAUAUUGCUGGAGAUCAAAAAAUACACACUGAGGAGAAAUCUUAUGAAUGUAAUCAAUGUGGAAUGAUUUCACACUGAGCUUCAGUCUUGCUAAACAUCAGAGAAUCCCCAUUGGAGACAAACAUCAUGAGUGUGAUGAAUGUGGCAGAGCUUUUACUUAGCAGUGUUAGCAUAUUCCACACUUGAGAAACUUUAUGAAUAUAACGAAGAUGAUAAUGCCUGAUAAGGGCUUCCUUUCUAAAAUAUACAGAGAAUUAAGUCAAAUUUAUAAAAGUACAAGUCAUUCCCCAAUUGAUAAAUGAUCAA